AAAAAUUUUAGCUGGAAAUCGUAAUGGAAUAAAACAAAUGUAAACAUAGAGAGAAAAUGUUCUCGGAUUAAUAAAGGGGUCUGAAUACUUAAACCCAAUUCACAGUAUUCCGUUGGCCAACAGCAACACAGAAACCGAGAAGUUGUUAGACGACUGUCAGUAUCUAUCCGAAAAUCGAUAUCGAUACUCGUCCGAGUCUCGUACGUUCUAUUAGUAUGUAACGCCUGGUCCUUUCACCGUUUGCCGUUCAAAGCAAAGCAGGAGUGUUACAAUUUCACCCUCUCCUCAACUCCAGUCCGCCUCGAAAGUCCCUUUAUCUAUCCCGCUAUUUUCCUAACUCCGACGUCCCCUCCGGGGGUUUCUGCUCGUCGGUGGUGACGACAACGAUUCCUCUUCUCCCGAAGGAGGAUGGAGGGAGCUGUGGAUGCCGGGCAAUGGUGGGGCAGGCGGCCAGGCACCCCUUCGGUAGGGGUUGAAACGCCCGCCCAUUGGUCCGCCCAUAUAGGGCCAAAGCAGUCACUUCGAAUCAAUUCGACCCACGAUUUCGCCUCGUAGACGGUCCUCCACGGUGCUGGCACACUCGCAAAUCGCGCUUCAUAAGCUCCGACCGCAUUUCGUGCGCCUAAUCCCGUCGAAACCGCGACCGGGUACGUUUUCGAUCCAUACUCCUCGUGUUCGAGCGGAAAGUUGUGAUAACCGUCGUGUGGCAGUCGGUGAACGGUGAUCGGAUGACAGUGCGAACCUAAACGUGGCCGGGCAUGCGGUAGAACCGUGGCCGACGACUGUUUACGGUAGACUCUCGCGCGUCACUCUAGCGAUCCGUCAUCCUUGAGGUUCGCGUAGAAAAAAAAACUGCCGUUAUCGUUGUGGAAACAAACUAUUAGCGUAAGAUAGCGGCUCUCGCGUGCGGCAGUCUGCUCGCCAAAACAUGUCGGAGGAGGAGCACUCGUGCAGUCCGGCGAUCGUUCAGUGAUUAACCCGGAUGACGCUCGUCGGUUCGGAUCUGGCCUGCAGGAUGACCGGAGAGUUGCAAGGUGUACCCGGGUGGUGUUGCAAUUAGGAUCGUUAGAUGUCCGGCCGCCCGUGUGCCCAUGAAGCGAUCACGAUGGAGCCGCGUGGGAUGAUGAUGCCUAACCUGUCGUGCGACGGCUGCGUGGACAGCGAUCGCGACUCCGACAGCAGCAGCAUGAUCGUGGACCCGGUGAGUCUGGACAAGAACGAGCUGUCGCCGUCGCAGUCGUCCUCUAGCCCGAUCAUCUCGAGCUCCAAGAAAAGCUACUCGAUGAUGUCGUCGAGCGGGCAACAGAAGAGUUCGACGGGUCAGCCGUCGUCUUACAACAACGACAAGAUGUCCUCGUCCCUGAUCAAACCGCCGUACUCGUACAUCGCCCUGAUCACGAUGGCGAUACUGCAGUCGCCCCAGAAGAAGCUGACGCUCAGCGGGAUCUGCGAAUUCAUAAUGUCCAGAUUCCCCUACUACCACGACAAGUUCCCCGCCUGGCAGAACUCUAUCAGACACAAUCUGUCGUUGAACGACUGCUUCAUCAAGAUCCCCAGAGAGCCGGGUAACCCGGGGAAGGGCAACUACUGGACCCUGGACCCGUUGGCCGAGGACAUGUUCGACAACGGCAGCUUCCUGCGACGUAGGAAGAGGUACAAGAGGCCUCCGCCGCAUUACGUCUUGCGGGACAGGGCUAUAAUGGCGACCUUCGCCAUCUGCGGCGAUCGGGGACCCUGCCCGGGAAGCGGCGGCGGACACCCGGGUGCCCUGGCUUAUCCCAGUGCCGCGUACCUGUCUCCGCCGCCGGGUUUACCCCUGUUGGACUUCUCUCCCUCGACGUUGGAGGCCCUGAAGCUUGGAGGCUUCCUGGAACCACCCCCGCCGCUGUACAAACCGGUGCCCAUCACGGCCCCGCCGAUGAGGCAGCUGGACCCGACUCCCACGAGGACCACUACGAUACCCAGCAGCCAUCCUCCCGUGGAGAAGAAGAGGAACUUCAGCAUCGACGCUCUGAUCGGCAAACAGACGGCCAGUGAUCAGAACUGCGGAGGUUUGCUGGAUCUCAGCCCGUCGGAACACAGGGAGAUCAGAAGUCAGGCGUCAGCCUUCUCGCCUUUGGUCUAGGAGACCGGUCUACUCUUGAAAUCUUGCAUUCGAAAGGAUAUUUUUAUCGUUUUAUCGUUGGGGAACACAGGUGGCGGAGGAACCUGAGGUCCAGGUUCUUCGGGACGGAUGGCGACGAUUUGAAGGUUUGUUAUCAGUUGGAGUUAACAUAUCGGACUCAAACCUACCUCUUCAACAUUUACAGACUGGUUGCCACUGCAAACAGUGAUACCAUUUGAAAGUGACGAGAACGGUACUAAGGGACGAUAGAUUCGACCUUGAA